AGCUCAGGGAGGAGUAGAGAACAGUGUAGCUGGGUUCAGGCUGGAGACAGGUGGAGGGAUGUCACCUCAGCCCCAGCCUGUGGGUGUGUCUGCCUUUUCUUUCUCCCAGCCAGUCACCCGUGGGAAGUGCCCUGGGGCAGCUGGGCGGAAGCCAGGGGAUGCAGGUGGCUAGAUCUUCCCAGAGAACGCACGCCCCAGAGACAGAAAGGCACCACAGCAACAGUAGAGGGGGGUGUGCCGAUCCCUCACAUGGCCUGCCCCGCUGGCAGUGCUCGGGGCAUCCGGGUGGUUCCCAGGGGCACGGAGGAAGGAGAGCUGUCCAGGCGGCAGGGCUGGGAGGGAAGGGAUCCAGUGCUCACCAGCACCUACUGUGCCAGGCUUCCUGAUGAGUGCCGGCCUGCCCCGUGCCUUCUGGAAGCUCCAGGCCGGGGAGGCAGGAGAGGAGCAAGACACUCCAACAGAAGGGACUUCUGGUCUCAUUGAGCCCCUUUCCAUUUACAUAUCAGGAAACUGAGGCCCAGAGAAGGUCGGUGACUUGCCCAAGGUCACACAGCGAGCUGGGGUCAGAACCAUCCAACACUCAGUUGCCUGAUUCCUAAUUCCAAUUUCUACCUAGACCAGGCCUGGGCCAAUUUUUCUUUCCUUCUCUGAAGUAAAUGGCUCCAUCCUGAGAUACAGCAAGACCGCACACUGCUUUCCAGGCUUAUUGUAAUUGAGAUGAUUUCUGCCACCCAGGAAAACCAUAGAAUGUAGUGGUUAAGAGCUUGGGUGCAGGAGCCCGACUGUCUGUCUGGGUUUGGAUUUUAGUGCUGCCACUAAUGGCUGUGUGACCUUGGACAAGUGACUUAACCUCUCUGGCCUGUUUCUUCAUCUGUGAAACGGGAGUAAUACAGUACCUCCGUCAUAGGUUGUGUUAUUGAGGGUAAGUUCACGCCCGUAGGGUGCUUGGAACUAUGCCUAUGAGUAGGAGUAUUUUUGGCUCCUAGUUUCUCCAAAAGUGUCUCCGCCCCCCCACCUCCUCCCAGGCCGGAAGCUGGAGCCAGAGGUCAGGAGGCCAACGGCCUGAGCUGGGCCAGUAGGAGCUGGACCCACAGGGAGGGAGGAACCACGAUGUUUGUUGGGUGAACGAAUGGACAAAUGGAUGGAAUAAUGAACGAGUCUGUCUCCAGGGCCUGAAGUUCAACUCCCUCCCCACAGCUCAAGCUCCUGAAACCCAGGCCCACUCUCUUGCCAAACCCCCUUCAUGUGGGCUCUGCUCUCUCUGAACGCACCACUCAGCUCUCCGAGCUCCCCAGAGGCCUGUCUACCUUGUAGGGCAGGCCUAGCUCAGUGUGGCCUUUCCUGACCCUGUGAGUCCCUGGGGUAGGCUGGGGGCGCUGUGGGAGGCCCUACGUGGUAUCCUCGCCCUACAGAGCCGGCGUUCUUCCUUUCCUUUCCAGCCACUGUGGGCCCUGUGCAGGUGCACAGGGCUACCCUGCUAGGGCCCCCUCUUGGGUGGGGUUCACCUGCCAGGCUCAGGAACUUUGACCUUGGGGAAAUCUCCCUUCACAUCAGCGCAGACAUGCCAAAACAAGGAUUGCCCAUAGCCCACACGGAAUUGAAAUAUUUUGCCAUGAAUUCUUUUAAAGAGGAUUUAUAUGAUCUUUACAAUGUCGAAUUUGUUAAGAACAGAUUACUUGUUACUGUGUAUGAACACGAAACGGCUAUUACGUUCUCCAUUUUGGUCACGCCUGAUGUCCCAGGAUCUAGCUCAGUGCUCAGCACUCAGCAGGUGCUCGGUAAACAUUCGUUGACUCCAUGGCACUGAAGAUUUGCAUCUGACGUCACAGAUGACACGAGCUGGGUUUACCAGCUGACAUCACGUGGAGGGUAGCAGACACCCAACUCAGCAGGGAGCCAUGGCCGGUCCUGGAGCAGCAUGGGACCCAGCUGUGUUCAGGCAGAUUCUGCUGGCCGUGCACCGGGGAGUAGAUGCGAGGGGCUAGAGCUCUGACGAGUCGCUGCCGGCUCCUCUGGGGAGACCAUCCCCCACCCACCGUCCACCUGCCACUGUUCGGCCAGCCCUUAGGAGGAGAGCCAUCCUCACUGCAGCUGACAGUGUCUCGGGGCCUCGGCUCUCAGCUUCCAGACCUCUCCCCGCUCCCAGCCCCCCAUGCCGAGGUCCGCCUUGUCAAUCAUUUCCUUCUGUCAUCGGCUUGGCAAACAGGAGAGAAAACGGAGCUUCAUGGGAAACAGCCGCAACAGUUGGUCUCACGCGCCGUUCCCCAAGUUGGAGCUGGGCCUGGGGUCCCGGCCCGCAGUGCCGCGGGAGCUCCCCGCCUGCUCCAUCUGCCUGGAGAGGCUGCGGGAGCCCGUCUCACUGGACUGUGGCCAUGACUUCUGCGCGCGGUGCUUCAGCACACACCGCGUCCCGGGCUGCGAGCCGCCUUGCUGUCCAGAGUGCCGGAAGAUCUGCAAGCAGAAGAGGGGCCUCCGGAGUCUGGGGGAGAAGAUGAAGCUCCUGCCGCAGAGGCCUCUGCCCGCUGUGCUGCAGGAGACCUGCUCCGUGAGGGCCGAGCCGCUGCUGCUGGUGCGCAUCAAUGCCUCCGGAGGCCUCAUCCUGAGGAUGGGUGCCAUCAACCGCUGCCUGAAGCACCCCCUGGCCAGGGACACCCCUGUCUGCCUCCUCGCUGUCCUGGGGGAGCAGCACUCAGGGAAGACCUUCCUCCUCAACCACCUGCUCCGGGGCCUGCCGGGCCUGGAGUCAGGGGAGGGCGGCUGGCCGAGAGGAGGAGGGUCCCUGCAGGGGUUCAGUUGGGGUGCCAAUAGCCUCACCAGGGGCAUAUGGAUGUGGAGUCACCCCUUCCUGCUGGGGAAGGAGGGGAGGAAGGUGGCUGUGUUCCUGGUGGACACAGGGGACGCCAUGAGCCCGGAGCUGAGCAGGGAAACCAGGACCAAGCUCUGUGCCCUCACCACGAUGCUGAGCUCCUACCAGAUCCUCAACACCUCCCCGGAGCUGAAGGAUACAGACCUGGAAUAUCUGGAGAUGUUUGUGCACGUGGCCGAGGUGAUGGGCAGGCAUUAUGGGAUGGUGCCGAUCCAGCACCUGGAUCUCUUAGUCCGGGACUCAUCCCACCCCAACAAGGCAGGGCUGGGGCACGUGGGUGACGUCAUCCAGAAAGCCUCCAGCAAAUACCCCAAGGUUCAGGAGCUGCUCCGAGGGAGGCGAGCCCGCUGCUACCUCCUGCCUGCUCCCGAGAGGCGGUGGGCCAGCAAAGACCACGGAAGCCCAGGCGACACAGAUGACGAUGUCCGCCACCUCUGUGCCUACGUCGCCGAUGUGCUGAGUGCGGUCCCCCAGCAUGCCAAGAGCCGCUGCCAGGGGUACUGGAGCGAGGGCCGCCCCGCGGCCAGGGGAGACAGACGCCUGCUCACCGGGCAGCAGUUAGCUCAGGAAAUCAAGAACCUCUCAGGCUGGAUGGGGAGGACGGGGCCCGAGUUCACCUCCCCGGACGAGAUGGCCGCCCAGCUGCACGACCUGAGGACGGUGGAAGCUGCCAAGAAGGAGUUUGAGGAGUACGUGCGGCAGCAGGACGUGGCCACCAAGCGCAUAUUCUCUGCUCUCCGGGUACUGCCCGACACCAUGCGGACCCUCCUCGCCACCCAGAAAGAUGCCAUCCUGGCCCGCCACGGGGCGGCCCUGCUGUGCAAGGGCAGAGAGCAGACCCUGGAGGCCCUGGAGGCCGAGCUGCAGGCCGAGGCCAAGGUCUUCAUGGACUCUUACACCAUGCGCUUCUGUGGCCACCUGGCCGCCGUCGGGGGCGCCGUGGGCGCCGGGCUCAUGGGCCUGGCGGGCGGCGUGGUGGGCGCCGGCAUGGCCGCGGCCGCGCUGGCCGCGGAGGCCGGGAUGGUGGCGGCCGGCGCGGCGGUGGGGGCCACGGGGGCUGCGGUGGUCGGGGGUGGCGUGGGCGCCGGGCUGGCUGCCACCGUGGGCUGCAUGGAGAAGGAGGAGGACGAGAGGGUGCAGGAAGGGGACCGAGAGCCCCUACUGCAGGAAGAAUAACGGGGCCCAGGAGACCCAAGGGAGGAAGAGGUGCCGGGUGGGAGGGCAGGAGGUGCCGGAGGGGAGGACUUGGGGGCGGUGUGGAGAGCACGGCGUGCCGCACCGCCCUGCUCCAAUGCCCAGUGUCCGGGUGGCUGGCCGAGCUGGACAAUCCAGGUGGCUCCAGGAUCCUGGGGAGGCCACCUGGGGCCAGGAGGCAGUGUCUGGGGGCAGUGGAUAGAGGAUAGGGCCCGUUCCUGGUUGCAGACCACUGCUAACCUGCCUGUGGUUCCCAGACCAACUUGACCCCAGGGCUUCCCACCCAGAGUGAGGCUCCACUGGCCUCCCUCUCCUGGCUUAUUCCCCUGAUGACCCUGAAUUGUAGGAAGGCUGAGCAGGCACCAUUCUGGAAGUCUCCCUUGGGUGGAGAGGAUCUGUCCCUUCACAGAUGGGAGAAGCCGCGGGGUCGGGUGACGUUGGUGCUCAGGACCAGGGAGCACUGAUGAGGGGCUGGGGGAGAGAGAGAAGGAGCGGCCACUGGGCAGAACCAAAGAGUCCAGUGUGGUGGACAGCGACCUGAUCCCCAGAGUGGAGACACUUUGCUCUGAUGACUUUUCCCAGAGCUGCCCCCAGGAGGAUAAUGGUGGCCUCCCUGACCCUCCGCAGCCCCAGGGAGUCCACAUAUGCACUUUGAAUGGGGGUCCCUGUAGAUCUUCCCUCAUGGGUGUGUUCUUUGUUGAGCAAGCUCAGACAGCAGAGUGCCCAAGUUCUUUCUGGAAUGCUGUCCCAGCAAUGGGUUAGAUGCCAAAGAAAAAUGCCCGUAAUUGCAUUCUGAGCUAAAUCGGACAGCCCUCGUGAGUCUAUGAAAGUCCUGCAAGGGACAGCAAAGGGAAGAACACAUUCCAUCCCGAACACGAACACGCCCUUUUUCUGGAGCCCAUGUCUGCAGGAGACCUGGGUGCAACCCCCCACAGGAACCCAGAGGGCCCAGCGUCCUUCCAUGGGACAGAAAAGUCCUGCUGGAAGACUUCUAGGCUAUUAAGCUGUAAAGUAUUCAUGGGCGCCUUAUAUGAAAAAUAAACUGUGUGUGCUUGAGUGUCAA